AUGUCUCUCUCACGGCAUGUCAAUCCCGAAGACAUAAUCCGUCACCUUCGAGACUCAAGCGUAUCUCCUGAACAGAAGGACAGCUCCCGGGGUCAAACCACCCACCUGACGCCUUUCUCCACGCCGUACGCCAGCCAGCGCGAUAUCCCCAAGUACCAGAUCCCGCACGAUGGCGCGCCGGGCGACACGGUGUACGAGAUGCUCAAAGACGAGCUGGACCUGGACGGCCGGCCGAACCUCAACCUAGCCAGCUUUGUCGACACGUUCCUCGAGGACAAUGCGCAGCGUCUCAUGGCCGAAAAUAUGAGCAAGAACCUAGCCGACAACGACGAGUACCCUGCUUUGUUAUCUAUCUCGGAUCGGUGUGUAUCCAUUCUCGCGAAUCUAUGGGGUGCGGGGACGGUAGUCCAGACAGACAGCGACGGUGGCAGUGGCAGCGGAGGGGGUAAAAAGGAGAAAGCCAUCGGCUCACCGACGGUGGGCUCCUCCGAGGCCAUCCACCUCGGCGGUUUGGCCAUGAAGCGGCGCUGGCAGGAGCGGCGUCGAGCGGCAGGCAAGGAUACCCUCCGACCCAACAUCAUCAUGGGAUCUAAUGCCCAGGUGGCGCUGCUUAAGUUUGCGAGGUACUUCGAGGUAGAGCCACGGGUGCUGCCGGUUUCGAAGAAAAGCAAUUACUGCUUGGACCCCAAGCUGGUGAAGGAGAACGUGGAUGAGAAUACCAUCGGAGUGUUUGUAAUUCUGGGUAGUACGUACACCGGACACUAUGAGCCGGUGGCGGAGAUCAGUGAGUUGCUGGAUGAAUAUCAGGACAAGACGGGCGUGGAUAUCCCAAUCCAUGUUGAUGCUGCGAGCGGAGGGUUCGUCGCGCCUUUUACGCACGCCGGUGCGGGACCAGGGAAGUGGAAUUUUGGACUUCGCCGAGUCACAUCGAUCAACGCCUCGGGCCACAAAUACGGCCUCGUAACACCCGGCGUUGGAUGGAUCGUCUGGCGCGAUGAAUCCCACCUUCCCAAGGACCUCAUCUUCGAGCUCCAUUAUCUCGGCGGCACGGAACAGUCCUACACGCUCAACUUCUCCCGUCCCGGUGCGCAGGUGGUCGUGCAGUACUACAACUUGAUCCACCUCGGUUUCACAGGUUACCGGGAGAUUAUGGAAAACUGCCUAGCCAACGCCCGCAUCUUCUCGCAAAGCAUCGAAGCAACAGGGUGGUACACCUGUCUCAGCGAUAUCCACCGCCCCGUAAAUCCAUUCUCCGGCAGUCAUGAUGUGGGUUCCUCCGCAACGUACACCCCGGGCCUACCCGUCAUCGCCUUCCGCUUCAGCGACGCGUUCCAACAAACGUACCCGCACAUCCAACAAGAGACCGUGUCCCUACUUCUCCGCGCGCGUCAGUGGAUUGUGCCCAACUACGCCCUUCCGCCGGACGAAUCGGAGACCGAGAUCCUGCGCGUGGUCGUGCGCGUCAGUAUGAGCUUUGACCUGCUAGAUCGUCUGGUGACGGACCUCGUGGAAGUCACGGAGACGUUGAUGGAGAGGGACCAGGUGGAUUUAUCCGUGCUGCAGUCAUCAACGUGGGCAAGGAGGGGCCAAGGGUCCGCCGGGAAGGGCGAGGAGGGUGGUCGCGAAGAAGGAGGGGAAAAGGGAGAGAAGGCGGCGGAAGGGGGUUUGCAUCGGGCUGUGUGUUAA